GAUAUUAUAAAUUAUGGAGUAUUUUCAUUUUCAUUUUUUUACCGAACUUAGAGUGGUUGAAUUAAAAUCGACGUAAAAGGGGGAAAAAAGAUGAAACAAAAGUUUGUUUUUUCUGGUAUUAGUAUCAAAACUUGAAUCUAAUCUCAUAACAGAUCGUAUCCUAAUGCAUCUUCAUUCUGGAUUAUCCACACAUAAUAAUUUCAUUUUUUUUCUGAUAAAAAUCUGAAUCAUAAAUAGUAAUAAUAAUUGAACUAACUAAUAUUAAUAUGGCAAAAUAAAAAAUCUCUCUCUCUCUCUCUCUCUCUCUAACUCUCUCUUCACCAUUCAUCUUCAUCUUCCUCGCUGAAUCAGAAACCCUAACCUGAGAAGAUGAAGGGUCUCUUCAAGCCAAAGCCACGCACUCCUAUUGAUAUUGUGCGCCAAACCAGAGAUCUUCUUAUCUACUUCGAUAGCAGCACCGAAUCACGCGAUAGCAAGAAGGAAGAAAAACAAAUGAAUGAGCUAUGUAAAAACAUCAGGGAGCUAAAGUCAAUUCUUUAUGGAAAUAGUGAAUCUGAACCAGUGACGGAAGCUUGUGCGCAGUUAACUCAGGAGUUCUUUAAGGAGGACACGUUGCGACUGCUUAUCAAUUGUAUUCCUAAAUUGAAUUUGGAGGCCAGAAAAGACGCCACCCAAGUUGUUGCAAAUUUACAAAGGCAACCGGUUCAGUCUAAGUUGAUCGCAUCUGAUUACCUGGAGAAAAAUAUGGAUCUUAUGGAUAUUUUGAUAGUUGGUUAUGAAAACACGGAUAUGGCUUUGCACUAUGGGGCAAUGCUGAGGGAGUGUAUAAGACACCAGAUUGUUGCAAAAUAUGUUCUGAACUCCCCUCAUAUGAAGAAUUUCUUUGAUUAUAUCCAACUUCCAAAUUUCGACAUUGCUGCAGAUGCUGCGGCAACUUUUAAAGAACUCAUGACCCGACAUAAAUCAACUGUAGCUGACUUCCUUUCUAAGAAUUAUGAAUGGUUUUUUGCAGAUUAUAACUCUAAGCUGUUGGAAUCUUCCAAUUAUAUUACAAGGCGCCUAGCUGUUAAGUUGCUGGGAGAUAUGUUACUUGAUCGUUCAAAUUCUGCUGUAAUGACGCGAUAUGUAAGCUCAAGAGAAAACCUGAGGAUUUUGAUGAAUCUUCUAAGAGAGUCAAGCAAGAGCAUACAGAUAGAAGCAUUUCAUGUUUUCAAGCUAUUUGCUGCAAACCAAAAUAAACCAGCUGAUAUUAUCAGCAUAUUUGUUGCAAACAAAAGUAAGAUGCUGAGACUAUUGGAUGAAUUCAAAAUUGAGAAAGAGGAUGAACAGUUUGAAGCUGACAAAGCCCAAGUGAUGGAGGAAAUUGCUGCUCUUGAAGGUUAACGAAUAAUGUGCUUGAGUUGCAGACACAGUUAAAUGACAAGUUGCAAUGUGGUAUUUUACCUUAAGAAUUGUGUAUUAUAAUAGCUAUGUUAGAUGCAACUAUCAUUUUAUUCAGAUUUAAAUCUUUUUCUGUAAUUCUAUCGCCUCGCCUCCCUGUAAAAUAUUAGAUAAAUAAAUUGUUUAAACGAGCUACAUCGGUUUAUACUUUCCAUGUUUUAGAAAGUAAUAAACAUAUUCCUAGCCGCAUGUAAUUAUAAAUGUUUGAGGUCGUGCUAUAAUCUGACCCCCGCAAAUUUAUUUGACUCAUCCUUUUAUA